AUGCUGAGUGCCUUGAGAGCUCUGAUUAUCGCCCAGAUCUCGGGAGCGUUGUUACUCUGUCUGCUGAUUCCAAUCAGUGGACUCUACUGCGUCUUACCGAUUCCGAUCCUGUUCAGCAUGCACCAGGGCUUUUUCCCCUUCCCUCAGAUGACUUAUUAUGUUUACAUUACGCUCAAUUAUACCUUAAUGUUUGCGGUGGCCCUCUGCACCCGCACGGCAGUUAGGAACGCCCUGACUGCUUGUCACGUUCAAUUUUUCGAAUGGACCCACGAAACGUGCUUGAAUACCGUUGAAACAAUCUAUGCUGGCAGUUUUUUGUUUCUAUUCGCUCUGACAGGGUACCCGGCCAUCCGUGUUGUGGAAUGGGACCAGGACUCGAUGUGGGCGGCGGCUUUUCGAACUGAUCCAAGGAUCAAAGAGUUCGCCGCCGAGUACAGACCUUUCUUCGUUUGCUACAAAAAAUGGGUGAUUGUCAUUUUUGGACUUGUCUCCGUAACCUCCGUUUGCGUGGUCUUCGGGUUUCUUUUCCUCGCUCACAUGUGA